AUGGAUCCCUCCUUGAUCAAAGUUGUAAAUCAACUUCAAGAAGCCUUUUCCACAGUUGGCGUUCAAAACUUGAUUGAUUUACCACAGAUUACUGUGGUUGGCUCGCAGUCAAGCGGAAAGUCUUCAGUGUUGGAAAACAUCGUUGGAAGAGACUUUCUUCCUCGCGGCACAGGAAUUGUAACUAGACGUCCAUUGGUUUUACAAUUAAUAAACAGACCUAGUUCUGAAACUCCCAAGGACGAGGAUGCCAAUAGCUCAUCGAAAGAAGGGGCUAAUGAAAACAAUAAUAGUGAAUGGGGUGAAUUUCUCCAUCUUCCCGGUCAAAAGAUUUAUGAUUUUGAAAGGAUUAGAAGCGAAAUAGUUCGAGAAACAGAAGAAAAGACUGGUAAAAAUGUAGGAAUUUCUUCCGUUCCUAUUUAUUUACGCAUUUAUUCUCCUCAUGUCUUGACGUUGACUUUGGUAGAUCUUCCCGGACUUACAAAGGUUCCUGUUGGUGACCAGCCUCGGGACAUCGAAAAGCAAAUCCGUGAAAUGGUUUUAAAAUACAUGUCCAAGAAUAACGCCAUUAUUCUAGCCGUUAACGCUGCUAAUACCGAUCUUGCAAAUUCAGACGGCUUAAAAUUGGCGAGAGAAGUUGAUCCUGAGGGAUUGCGUACUAUUGGUGUCUUGACAAAGGUUGAUUUGAUGGACAAAGGUACUGAUGUUGUUGAUAUUCUUGCUGGUCGCAUAAUACCGUUGCGUUUAGGCUAUGUGCCGGUUAUAAAUCGUGGUCAAAAAGAUAUUGAGGGUAAAAAGUCCAUUCGUUUGGCUUUAGAUGCUGAGAGAGAGUUUUUUGAAAAUCAUCCUUCUUACAGUACGAAGGCUCAGUAUUGCGGUACUCCUUUCCUUGCUCGGAAAUUGAAUAUGAUUCUGAUGCAUCAUAUUCGUAACACCCUUCCUGAAAUAAAGGUUCGCAUCAAUGCUGCUUUAACAAAGUACCAGGCUGAACUACAGUCCUUGGGUGAUUCUUUGGUUGGGGACAGUUCCAGCAUCGUUUUGAACCUUAUUACCGACUUUUGUAAUGAAUUCCGUACGGUUCUCGAUGGUAACAGUGAGGAUUUGUCUAUCACCGAAUUAUCCGGUGGUGCGCGUAUAGCUUUUGUCUUUCACGAGAUUUAUUCAAAUGGCGUACAAGCAGUGGAUCCAUUUGAUGAAGUCAAGGAUACAGAUAUCCGUACAAUCCUUUACAACUCAUCUGGUCCUUCCCCUAGUUUGUUUAUGGGUACACAAGCAUUCGAACUCAUUGUGAAACAGCAAAUCAAGCGUUUAGAAGAUCCCUCACAAAAAUGCGUUUCGCUUAUUUUCGACGAGUUGAUUCGAAUUCUAAACCAGCUUCUCCAAAAGCCUGUCUUCAAGCGCUUCCCCCAAUUGAAAGACGAAUUCUUCAAAGUUGCUAUGGGUUUUUUUAAAAAAUGCAUGAAACCAACUGCAGUUUUAGUAAGCGAUUUGGUUGCCAUGGAAGGUUCUUACAUAAAUACUGUACACCCCGACUUUUUGUCUGGACAUCAAGCAAUGGCAAUUGUGCAAAGCCAAAGCAAUAAACCCAUUCCAGUUGAUCCUAAGACAGGGAAACCUUUGACGAACAAUUCCGCACCGACUGUGGAGACGCCACCUAGUGGUGCGAGCAGUUUCUUUGGAAGCUUUUUUGGCUCCAAGAAUAAGAAGAGACUUGCCGCAAUGGAGCCUCCACCACCCGUUCUUCGCGCUUCCACCACGCUUUCAGAGCGUGAAAAAACUGAUACUGAGGUCAUAAAAUUAUUGAUUACUUCUUAUUUCAACAUAGUGAAGAGGACUUUGGCUGACAUGGUUCCCAAAUCUGUUUCACUGAAGAUGAUUCGCUAUUCAAAGGAGCAUAUCCAACACGAACUACUUGAACAGAUUUAUAAGAAUAACAGCUACGAGAAACUUUUGGAAGAAAGUGACAUUACUGUUCAACGACGCAAAGAAUGCGAACGUAUGGUUGAAUCUUUAUUGCAAGCCAGUGAAAUUGUUUCCAGUACUUAA